AUGUCUGCGCACAUUAUAUUCUCUCUAUCAAUGUUCCCUUCAGCUUUAACAGCUCGGAAGGACGUAAUCGAUCAGCAGCCCGCUGGUAAAUAUGCCGACUGCGGAAUCCCAUCGCAAACUGCUGAAAAUUUGCCGACUGAGCUGAGACUCCAAUCCUGCCUUGUCUCAGGCAUGAGUGCAACUUCGGACAAACUGUGUAAACUUUUUGUGGGUCGAAGCCAGUUUAAUCCGGAAUGGAACCAGAAGAGUGGUUUCCCUUCUGUCCAUAAACAAUUCUUCGUAUGCGUCAUGGAAAAUACAUCUGAUAUUGUGCGCUUGAAACUAACUUUUAUUUUCUUCCUUGCAGUUAAUUUGUUGGCUAUUGUGAUCCUGUGUCGUGGAAAGUGCGGACUCUCCAAAUGCAUCACCCGUUACCUGGUGGCGAUGGCAAUAACUGAUUUAAUGGGUGUUAUCUCUGGCGUAAUAUUCGACCGGAUGAAUAAUAUUUAUGUUUUUGCAAGACUUUUGCUCAUCACUCCGGUUUGCGCUGUGACACUUGUCUUUCGGCUCGCAACCAUGAACUGUUCUGUCUGGCUAACGGUGGCUUUCACAUUUGAUCGAUGUGUUGCAAUUUGCAGCCAAAAACUGCGGGAACGAUAUUGCACCGAGCGGACAGCGACUAUAAUGGUUCUGAUUGUUGGCACAGGAAAUUGUGUUAGGUGUGUUGCAUUUUACUUUGCAGUAGAACCUUCUGCGAUUAUUGACAACGUUCCCUGGCGCUGCAUUGUCAGGGCGGAUUACUUCACGUCACCAGUGUGGAAAGCUUACCAGAUGUUUAAUACGAUCAUUACACCGUUAUUGUCAUUUGCUUUAAUUCUAUUGUUCAAUGUUUUAACUGUCAGAAAUAUUAUAGCGGCAAACAGAGUCCGCCGAGGACUCCGGAACAGCAAUGUCAAUAAGAAGGACUCAGAGGUGGAGAACCGGAGAGAGUCAAUGAUUUUACUGUUCGCUCUAUCAGCCAAUUUCAUUUCAUUGUGGAUUCCAUUCAUAGCCUCUACGAUGAUCAGACAAUCGCAAAAUUUCUUUUGUACGGACAGAUAUCUUAAUUCACCGUCGUUUAUCUUGCAGGAGUUUGGGUUCAUGUUGCAAUUUCUCUGCACCUGUACCAACACGUGUAUCUACACUCGGUGCCAGAGGAAAUUCAGGGAAGAGAUAAAGACAGGAGUGAAACAUCUGGUCACAUUGAAUGGCCGACUUUGUACAGAAAACGUCAGUUGA